AGAAAAGUCCAGAGGGAGUGGGAGUCUGAGAGGCAUGGUUGAUCAAUGAUCGAAUUGAAAUAUUCUCUGUUGCCCUGUUGGUAGAGUUAAAUAAAAACAACAAAAAGAUGAAAACAGAAACAAAAUCAAGGGAGGCAACCGGGAAACCUGACUCGGUUUUACAACCAAAGCAGGGAAAAUUGAAUUAAGUAAAAGGAGAAAGUUGAAGGAGUUUUAUAUUCUAGCAGAAAUGGGGAGGCCAUUAUUUUAUGAGAUAUUGGAGAAACCAGCAACAAGUUGUAUCAUAGGAAUAUGUAGUGUAAUAUGGUUUUACAUACAGAAGAAGCACAUUGGUUAUCAGCAUGUUGGUUUAAGUUAUGAAACCGCAGUCGAAGGACACCAUUGGAGGAUAAUUACUUCAGCUUUUUCACAUAUCAGUGUUAUUCACCUUGUUUUCAAUAUGAGCGCCCUUUGGAGUCUUGGGAUUGUGGAGCAAUUAGGGCAUUUGGGUCUUGGAGUGGCGUAUUAUCUUCAGUAUACUCUUGUUUUGAUUGUAUUAUCGGGUCUGGUUGUGUUGGGAAUGUACCAUUUCUUAAUUCAGCGGUUUAAGAUUGAGUAUUUCCGGCGAGUGACAGCUGUUGGGUAUUCUUGUGUUGUUUUUGGGUGGAUGACAAUUUUGUCUGUGAAGCAACCUUCAUCGAAGUUGGAUCUUUUUGGAUUUCUUUCACUUCCUAUUAGUUUUGCACCUUUUGAGUCAUUGAUUUUCACUUCAAUCAUUGUUCCGCAAGCAAGUUUUCUUGGACAUUUAUCUGGAAUUAUUGUUGGGUAUGCUAUAGCUUGGGGUUUGAUUCAUGGGAUGACUAACUAUUGGGCAGUUUCCAUGCUGGGAUGGGUUGCAGUUGUUUUUGUAUUCAGUUUGAAGCGUUCUGGUGCAUAUGAUUUCAAUUUUCUCGAGAUUGAAUCUGUUACAGAUCCUUCAUUGCCUUCUGUUCGGUUUAUUGGAAAUGGUAGAACCUUGCAGAUGAGUACAAUUCCAGUUGAAGGCGUUGAAAUUGUUUAGUCCAUUUGUCAAGACCUUGCCAUUAUAUGUACAAUGUAGGCAUAAAUUAUCGAGUCAUCCCUGGACAAUACUUUGUGAUUGUGCUUUGCUGGGCUACACAGUUAAUUGAAAGUUGGAACAACUGGGAUAUUCUUGGUCAUUAGAUGUUUUAGAUUCAUUGCUUUCCUCUGCUGUGAUCACACAAGUUUCCAGGUCUUCUUUUAAACUUAUAAAUAUGUUACAUGAAUUUCUUCGCAACCCAGUGUAGGUUGCAAGUUACUGAUCAUCAUUGCUCACUUACGCAAAGUUUGUUGUUCUUUUCCUGAUAGUUUAAACUUAAAACAGUUUCUAUUCUCUUCUACCAUUCUUUUAAGAAAUGGUGAAAAAAAUUGUUUACAAUGUUGAAAUUCAAAUUCAUCGACAGUUUAUAUAA